UCCCAUGAUGAUGAUGGUUGGCUGGCACUCACUCUCCCCUUCACGCGAUUGGCUACUUUUGGUGAGAACUCAUCGGCGUCCCGACGCGAUCUUCAAGCCUCUGCCUCUCACGCGCAACGAUAGCAUAUGAUGACCACUACGCACUGAUCAACACGUGCUUGCUAUGCUGAAAGAGUACCACGUUUAUGGUUCGGGCUCAUCUUCUCCAGGGCGAAGGUCUGCAGCUGAAAAAACACCGAGGAUCUUUCCUGCAUCAUCUGCCAGCUCGUAAGAGCUACUGCCUCUCUUCGCUACCACCGUGCACGGUGUGUACAAAGGGCCAUACUUCGCAUUAUAGCGAUCUGCUGCUGACGAUAGCUGAAAGUUGCGCUUGUAGACCUUCUGCCCCACACGAUUCACCACUAGCAUAUUUUACUCCGCGGAUGGCCAGUUCAUACUCCAGCUCAUCGUCUAGAAGAUGUGUGACGUUCAGGGAACGAUAUGGCAAGGCAUAUUCUGAGUUCAUGGUAGGACAGUUCGUGACGGUUUAAAAGUGAAAAAUAA